CAGCGCUGACUCUUCACUCGUGGUCUCCUCUGAUUGGCCGCGCCUCCGGCCAAUGAUUCUCAGCCAUCUGUGCAGGAACACAACCGAGCCAUAUUUCACUGACCCUUAGCUCGAGUAGCAUUCAUUAUUAUAUCAGGGUUUUCGUCUAAUACAGAUCUUUUAACAGUGCAGAGAUGCGGGUCGCUGCUGCAGUGUGCUUUAUAUCUGCACUGGCUUUCACUGUACACGCAGAUGUGUAUUUUAAAGAACAAUUUCUGGAUGGAGAUGGUUGGAAAAGCAGAUGGGUCGAAUCCAAACACAAAUCCGACUAUGGCCAGUGGAAACUGACCUCAGGGAAAUUCUACGGCGAUGCUGAGCUUGAUAAAGGUUUGCAGACAAGUCAAGAUGCCAGGUUUUACGCUCUAUCCAGUCGCUUUGACUCGUUUAGUAAUGAGGGUAAACCAGUAGUGAUCCAGUUCACUGUGAAACAUGAGCAGAAGAUCGACUGCGGCGGUGGGUACGUGAAAAUCUUCCCCGCCGACCUGGAUCAGACCGAUAUGCACGGCGAUUCGCAGUACUACAUCAUGUUCGGACCCGACAUCUGUGGCUACAGCACCAAGAAAGUUCAUGUCAUCUUCAACUACAAAGGCCAGAACCACCUAAUCAAGAAGGACAUCAAAUGCAAAGACGAUGAACUUACACACCUCUACACGCUGAUCCUGCGGCCAGACCAGACGUACGAAGUGAAAAUCGACAACGAGAAGGUGGAGUCGGGCUCCCUGGAGGAAGACUGGGACUUCCUUCCUCCCAAAAAGAUCAAGGAUCCAGAGGCCAAGAAGCCCGAGGAUUGGGACGACCGGGCGAAAAUCGACGAUCCUGAAGACACCAAACCUGAGGACUGGGACAAACCUGAGAACAUUCCCGACCCUGAUGCCAAGAAACCAGACGAUUGGGAUGAAGACAUGGACGGAGAAUGGGAACCUGCGAUGAUCCCCAACCCAGAGUACAAGGGCGAAUGGAAACCAAAACAGAUCGACAACCCCAACUACAAAGGCACCUGGAUUCACCCUGAAAUCGACAACCCAGAGUACACAGCAGAUGACGCCAUUUACAAAUUCGACAACAUUGGCAUUCUGGGACUGGAUCUUUGGCAGGUGAAAUCUGGAACGAUCUUUGAUAACUUUCUGAUCACCGAUGAUGUUGAGGAGGCUGAGAAAUUUGGUACAGAAACAUGGGGCGCAACGAAGGGGCCAGAAAAGAAAAUGAAGGACCAACAGGAAGAGGAAGAACGUAAAAAACGUGAAGAGGAGGAAAAGAGCAAGAAGGAUGUUGAUGAGGAAGAUGAGGAGGACGAAGGCGAGGACAACGGGCCAGAAGAGGAAGAGCACACAGAAGAACCUCCUGAGGAGGAGGAAGAGGAGGGUGAGGAUGACACGCUCACUAAAGACGAGUUGUGAAGAAGACUCUCUUCCUGAAUGAUCAGAUCUGAUGUGGUUCUGAUGUCUUUUUCUUUAUAUGUGGUGUGAAUUAUUGGCCCCGCCCAUGCCCCCCGCCCCUUCUAGUCACAUGUCGCAUCCCUAAACUUGGAUUUCUUUUGGUUUUGCUGCUAGAAGCCUCACCCCAACAUGUUCAUAGUGCGACCUGUUAAACUUUAGACUAAUAGAUGUUUGGGUUUUCUGUUCCGUCUCGAGUCGUGCAAGAGGAAAAUUCUGAUGUUGAUCAUUUGUUGGAUUUGCACUUUUUUAAAUAAAUGAUUUAUUUUUAAA